CUCUUCUGGUCUAAUAGCUUGGCGGAGCUUCUAGGGACUUCUUUGGCGCGGAGCAUUGUGGGCUAUCUGGGCGUCCGGAACACGGAGAACAGAGUAGCGGGCCACUGGAGAAGUUCCAAAAUGAUGCCCACUCCAGUUAUACUGUUGAAAGAGGGGACUGACAGCUCCCAAGGCAUCCCUCAGCUUGUGAGUAACAUCAGUGCCUGCCAGGUGAUUGCUGAGGCUGUAAGAACCACCCUAGGUCCCCGUGGCAUGGACAAGCUUAUUGUAGAUGGCCGAGGCAAAGCAACAAUUUCUAAUGAUGGGGCCACGAUUUUGAAACUUCUUGAUGUCGUCCAUCCUGCAGCAAAGACUUUAGUGGAUAUUGCUAAAUCCCAAGAUGCUGAGGUUGGUGAUGGCACCACCUCAGUAACGCUGCUGGCUGCAGAGUUUCUGAAGCAGGUGAAACCAUACGUGGAGGAAGGUUUGCACCCCCAGAUCAUCAUCCGAGCUUUCCGCACAGCGACACAGUUGGCAAUUAACAAGAUCAAAGAGAUUGCUGUGACUGUGAAGAAGCAAGAUAAAUUGGAGCAGAGGACGCUGCUGGAGAAGUGUGCCAUGACAGCGCUGAGCUCCAAGCUGAUCUCCCAGCAGAAAGCCUUUUUUGCUAAGAUGGUUGUUGAUGCCGUGAUGAUGCUUGAUGAUUUGCUGCAGCUUAAAAUGAUUGGAAUCAAGAAGGUACAGGGUGGAGCCCUAGAGGAGUCUCGGCUGGUUGCAGGUGUUGCAUUCAAGAAGACUUUCUCUUAUGCUGGGUUUGAAAUGCAGCCUAAAAAGUACAAUAACCCCAUGAUCGCCUUAUUAAAUGUUGAACUUGAGCUGAAAGCUGAGAAAGACAAUGCUGAGAUCAGAGUCCACACAGUGGAGGAUUAUCAGGCAAUCGUUGAUGCUGAGUGGAACAUUCUUUAUGACAAGUUAGAGAAGAUUUAUAAUUCUGGAGCCAAAGUUAUUUUGUCCAAACUCCCUAUUGGAGAUGUGGCCACCCAGUACUUCGCUGACAGGGACAUGUUCUGUGCCGGCCGUGUGCCUGAGGAGGAUUUGAAGAGGACAAUGAUGGCCUGUGGAGGCUCAAUCCAGACCAGUGUGAAUGCUCUCUCAGCAGAUGUGCUGGGCCGCUGCCAGCUGUUUGAAGAGACCCAGAUUGGAGGUGAAAGGUACAAUUUCUUCACUGGCUGCCCCAAGGCCAAGACUUGCACCUUCAUCCUCCGCGGUGGUGCUGAACAGUUUAUGGAGGAGACAGAGCGGUCUCUACAUGACGCCAUCAUGAUCGUCAGGAGGGCCAUCAAGAAUGAUUCAGUGGUGGCUGGUGGUGGAGCUAUCGAGAUGGAGCUGUCUAAGUACCUGCGGGAUUAUUCAAGGACUAUCCCAGGAAAACAGCAGCUACUGAUUGGGGCGUAUGCCAAGGCCUUGGAGAUUAUUCCACGCCAGCUAUGUGACAAUGCUGGCUUUGAUGCCACAAACAUCCUGAACAAACUGCGGGCCCGGCACGCCCAGGGAGGCAUGUGGUAUGGGGUAGACAUCAACAAUGAGGACAUUGCUGACAACUUCGAAGCCUUCGUGUGGGAGCCAGCUGUGGUGCGGAUCAAUGCCCUCACAGCAGCCUCCGAGGCUGCAUGCCUCAUCGUGUCCGUUGAUGAGACCAUCAAGAACCCCCGCUCCACCGUGGAUGCUCCUCCAGCAGUGGGCCGGGGCCGAGGCCGCCUGCCUUGAGACAUCCUGCCCGUCACGCUGGCAGCUGGCUGCAAGUGUGCUUGCCAUCGCUGGCUUGGUUCAUUGGUAUUUUGAAGAAGUGGUAGUAAUUGGUCUGCUCUGUUCUCACUGGAGGUUAUUUAAAUAAAACUGAAGACUUAGACUUAA